AUGCUAUGCCGCCUUCCCUUCGCCUGCUGCCUGAGCGGGACAGGACAGCUGACUGAGUUGGUUGAUCAACUGCCGUUGGUGCGGAGGGAUGGUUUUGGUCAGUGGGGUGACAUGCCCUUCGACCUGCUGAACGCCUUACUGGCGGCAGCGGGCGAGCAUCAGGAAGCCAGCCAGCUGAACAAGCUGGUAAAUUCCUCCAGAGAUGGUGCUCCCUUGCUCAAGAAGAUGCGGCUCGUCAACCGCCACUGGCACAAAUGGGCAACUGGCACCCUCAACUACCUGUCCAUAUACGCCAGCCGCAAGAGGCGGGAGAAGGUGCUCCUGGCCGCGAUGCACAGGUUCCCCCAAGUUCAGGUUGUGAGGCUGCGCUUCGUGGCGACCCCCCGUGAGCUCCUGCUUCUCCGUGGCUUCCCUCGCCUUACCUACAUAGACGCAGCCAUGCAGACCGAUGACCAGCUGGCAGCCCUGCAGGCACUGACGCACCUAAGGGGCUUGUGGACGCUGGAAAGCUUCAAGCAGAUCACCGACUCUGGACUGCAGCACCUGUCCCACCUCACAAACCUCGAGACGCUGAACCUGCGGUACAGUCACAAGUUGACUGGCAUCGGGCUGCACAGCCUCUCUACACUCACCGCCCUUGUGGACCUGAACCUGUGCCGGUGCAUCAGCCUGACUGAUGCAGGCCUCAGGGCCCUGUGCCCCCUGACGUGCCUGAUGAGACUCAACCUGAACUGGUGCGUGGAGAUAACGGACGCCGGGGUGGCAUCCUUGCAGCCACUCAAAGCGCUUGUGAUGUUGAGCCUCAACCACUGCAGCAGGGUGACGGACAAUGGGAUCAGCAUGCUGACCGCCUUGUCCUCUCUGAGGGAUCUCAGGGUGGCAGGGAAUGAUAGGAUCACUGAGGCGGGCCUGUGCGCCCUCAGCACCCUCCCAAAGCUCUCAAUCCUCAGACUUGUCUAUGCAUGA